AUGAUGAUGACAUCUAAUGAAAGCACCAAUGAGAAAGCUGUGGCUCACUUCAUUUUGCUUGGUUUUCAAAGCUCUCCAGCCAUUAGGAGUUGCCUCUUGUUAUUUUUCAUUGUGGCAUACAUAUUCAUAAUCCUGCAAAAUGUAGCAGUGAUUGUGAUAGUCCAAUGGGAUUCCAAGCUGCAUACACCAAUGUACUUCUUUCUAACCAAGUUGGCAUGCUUAGAAAGCUUGUAUGUGUCAGUGACAAUCCCUAAAAUCUUGGAUGGCCUUGUAACUAGCAAUAACACAAUUUCUGUAGGUGGGUGCUUACUACAAUUGUACUUCUUCCUUUCGCUGGCAUGUACAGAGUGCUUCCUCUUAGCAGCAAUGGCUUUUGAUCGAUAUUUGGCUAUUUGUACUCCAUUACGCUACCACAGUAUCAUGACAAACAAGAUGUGCUGGAGUCUGACUUGGGCAAGCCUGUUUUUGGGCUUCUUGUCUUGCUCAUUCUCGGUAGGUCUAAUCUCUAAACUGAAUUUUUGUGGACCUAAUGUUAUCAACCACUAUGUGUGUGACAUCUCUCCGGUCAUUAACCUUUCCUGUGAGGACAUUUCAGCUGUAGAAUUAGUGGAUUUUAUCACAGCAUUGAUUGUGUUGCUUAGUUCAUCAGUGCCAAUCACUGUAUCGUAUAUUUCUAUAAUAUCCACUGUACGCAAAAUACCCUCUGGCAGAGGAUGGAAAAAAGCAUUUUCUACUUGUGCCUCCCACCUGGCUGUAGUAAUUAUAUUUUUUGGAACAACCAUCUUUAUGUAUGCACGGCCCAUGGCCAUUCAGUCUUUUAAUGUUAAUAAAUUUCUGUCUGUGCUGUAUUCAGUAAUAAUCCCUGUAAUUAACCCCAUGAUUUACACACUGAGAAACAAUGAUAUAAAAAGGAGCAUGAAAAACAUAUUUGGCACGAGUUUACUUUUGACAAAAUAA